CCCACGUAUUGAGACUACUUGCGACUUUUUCCAAAGUCGGAUGGAAAGAGUUGGGUUGAGGAGCGUGUAUCACAGAAUAUUGAGGCAUACCGGGAUAGAUCUUGGCGGCUCCUGAAAAUACAUAUUAACGGCGGUUCACAAAACACCAACGAACAAAAUCGGACACGAUAUACGAAUUGGGGUGGUAUUCCAAGCUGUUGCUAUAUCUAGAACAAGACGAUAAAAGAGAGGGAUCAAACGCAAGACUUGAACACGUUACAUCCACGACGCCCUACGUGUUGAACGAUCAGACACCUCAUCGUUCCGUAUUCGUAAUCCCGAAUCUUUGGACAUCAGAUUAUACGCCCCGCAUUAUUCCGGCAUUAUGAGGUCCUUCAUUGCGCUAUCAGCGCUUCUGGUAGUCGCCACAGCACAGACAAGCUCAAUAGACUUCAGCGACUCCUCACAAACCUUCGACAUCGUACCUACAUCAACACCAACACCAUCAUCAAUAGAUGACAUCGAAGUCAAUCCCACAACUAUAGAGGACGUCUCUGGACCAAUAGAGACCAGCGAAGCUUGUGGGCAGAUAGCCCAGCUGGUAUCGGAUGAUUCUUCAGACUUUCCGGCCGUAGAUGCUGAACUCGCACACGCUUGUCUCAAAUCACUGCCGUUCUACGCAGACGAUGCAUCAACGACAGUCGACGAGAUCAAGAAGGUAGUAGAGUUUCAAUCGACUCUCAGCUAUCUCAAGGACCCGCCAAAAGGAUGGCCAAAUGACGCUGUUGAUAUCGUCGCUGGUCUGGAUGAUAUCAAAAACAAAGUCGGAUCUGGGCAGUACAACAACGAGUUUGAUUUCGAGACCGACAUUGCAUCCUUGUUGGUAAAAGCGCACGACGGACAUUUGGGCUGGAAUGGAAUGGCGUACGCAGGGAUAUUCAGAUGGCGACGAAGCAGCGCUUUUGCUCUCGUUUCUGCAUCGAGAGAUGGCAGCGACGUACCCCGAGUCUGGGCUUUGGAGGACUUCAACGGCACAGUUGGGUAUGAUCCCUCGCCCGUCACGCAAAUCGACGGAAGAGAUGUCGAGAGCUUUCUGCAGGACGAAGCAAACUUGAACGCCUACCAUGACCCGGACACACGCUACAACGCUAUGUUCUUCUCGCAGGCAGCGGAGAACUAUGGGUAUUUCACCAGUCCACGGUUCUACCCCGGCGCUACUACCAACGUAACUUACGAGAACGGUACCAUCAAUACCUACACCAAUGGUGCUCUUGUCCUCCAACCCGAGUCUUGGGGCUACGUUAGCGAUGCCGAGUCAUUGUACAAGACCUACAUUAUACCUCAGACAAGCUCGAUGAGGAUCAAGAAGAGGGAUCCCACCAAAAUGCCUCUACAUCUAGAGAAUCCGCGCGACUACGAGUUCAGGGGUACUUUCGCGCAACAACAUGCUUCCGUGCCGUUGCUUUACCCGGAACCAGUCGUUGCUCACUCGGCAGAUCAGGUGCCUUUGGCUGGAUUCUUCGUCAACACCGGUAUUGGCGAGAUUGGUGUAUUGGUGGUGACGACAUUCAACACAGAAGAUGUUGCAGGUGCCCAGGAGUUCCAAGCCGUAGUCCAGGAGUACAUUUCCCAAGCCCAGUCCCGUGGCGUAGAGAAGAUUAUCAUCGAUCUACGUGCCAACAACGGCGGUAAGGUACUUUCUGGUUAUGACAUGUACCUGCAAUUCUUCCCGACCCAACAACCACAAACCCAAAACCGGUAUCGUGGACACCGAGCCAGCGAGGUCUUCGGUGAGAACAUUUCGAGCUUUAAGGAGAUCAAUAUUCUUAAUGCCGAACUCUUCACGAGCCCUUUCAGCAAUGACGCCUACCUCUCUUCCACUGGCGAUGAAUUCUCGGACUGGAACGCGAUGUACCCACCCGAGCGAUUCAACAACGACAAAUUCACUUCUCUACUGAAAUACAACCUCAGUGACCCCUUGACAACAAGCAGCGAGCGCACCGCCGUCGGCAUCACCAUCACAGGAUACAACGAACGCAGCAACUUCACCACGGACCCCUUCCGCGCCGAAGACAUCAUUCUACUGACCGACGGCGUCUGCGCCUCAACCUGCUCCAUCUUCACCGAACUCAUGGUUCAGCAAUCCGGCGUACGCAGUCUCGCCAUUGGUGGCCGCCCAAAUCUCGGUCCCAUGGUAGCCGUUGGCGGCACAAAGGGAACCUUGGUGCUCCCCACACUCUACAUGGAAGCCCUCACCACAUACAUAACCGCGGAAUUCGCCUCCUCUCGCUCGGAAGCAAGUGACUGGGCGGAAUUUCUUCCCAUAGCCCCGCCUAUUGCCGUAAUGGACGCCAGCGUGAACUUCCAAGAUAACAUCCGCGCGGGCUUUGAGUCGGCGGGCGUGCCAACACAGUUCUUGAACGACACGGCGAGUUGCCGGAUUUGGUACGAGCCGGAGCAUUACUUCAAUGUGACGAGGUUAUGGGAGAAGGCGGCAAAUGUUGCGUUUGGCAAUGAUGGAGGCCUGGAUGAGAGUGCCUGUGUAGCGGGAAGUGUGACGACUUCGGAUCAGCAGCAGGGCAAGGGGGAUUCUAACCCUGAGAGCACAGGCGAUGGAAGUUCGCAAGGAGGGGACGAUGAGGAUGCAGCGAGUGGGCUCAGGGUCGGGUGGACGGGUCUGCUUGCGACUGUUGGCGCUGUCACGCUCAGCUUUUGUUUGAUGUAGAGAGUACGACUCUGUAGAGCUACACAAUAUUACGUAUUCGCAUUCAGGAUAUGCGAAUCUUGCUCACGCGUCCAUGCCGUCAUGUCCAGGGCACCACAGACAGUAUCAAUGUCGU